UUAAGAGUCGCUGUGACCCUCAUUUCAUGAAGGUGUGUGUCCACGUGUGUGUUGGCACAGUGGAAAACUGGCACCCCGAACUCGUGUCCAGUUUGUGCUGGGAUGGACUUGAGCCAUCUGUGACCUUGCACAGGACAUAUGGACGGGCCACGGUGUUUGAAUCGUCCGCUGGAAGCAAAAUGAAACGUGUUUUUAGUUCCCACUUGAGCCUGACAGGAAAUUAUGAUCCAGCGCUUGGUGCGUGAAACGCUAAAGGUCACGCUGAGCUACAGGAUUGUCCGCUGGAGGAUUGGAGGCGCACUUAGCGCAGAGCUGACAUGCAAAUCAGAUAAUAUUAAAUAGAUUAUUUGAUUCUUGGUUGUAUUUGAAAGAUUUCUCAGUUUGACAUCAGAGCUGUUUUUUUAUUUUCUUACACUGUAGGCUAUUAAGUGAGAGCUGAACACAAAUGUUCCAUCUAUACAGCAGCUUGUAUAACAUCCCUGUGCAUUUGGCACUGAUAGGUGGAAACCUGCCGUCUGCCAUUCCAGGACGGAGAGAGGCGUACCCGCACACGAUGAAUGCAAAGGCAAAGAUGCAUCAUCUCUGGGUUUCAGGAUGUUGAUCAGGAGAGGAGGCGUUUCGUCCCGACUCAUUCUCACGCCGCCUCGUCUCACAGUGCAGGUAAUGCGUCCUCGGUGCCAAACGGGCUGCGGAGCGCACCGGCAAAUGUUGCGCGCACGUUGCUGCUCCUCGAGGACGAUUACACCGUCGGUGUUUGAGUGGUUUGUUUAGUUCUGAUCGUCUGGGUGUCACAGGAACGAGAAGAAACAUGUUAAGAGCUGUCACUAAAUUCAUCUGGAGGCAGAAACAAUGAGUGGAAUCUGAACACCUCUCUGCAGAUUGAGAGUGACUUAUGGGAUUGUUGGUCAUGGAUGCAACAGAUCACCUCAACACAACUUUUUUGUUGCAACUUGAACUGAAAUCUUCCAAUUGCUGCUCAACUGCAGAAACAAUAAAUGAAGAGGAAUUCCUGAGGCUGGACGACAGCACAAAGCUGAUUGGAGUUCAGAUUAUUCUCAUCCUUGCUUACAGCACAAUCAUACUGUUUGGAGUCACUGGAAACUCCUUGGUGAUAUAUGUUGUCUACAAGUUUAAAAAUCUACAAACGGUUACCAAUUUCUUUAUUGUGAACUUAGCUGUGGCGGACCUGCUCGUGAACACACUGUGUUUGCCUUUCACCCUGGUCUACACCCUGUACGGCGACUGGAAGUUUGGCCAGGUGUUGUGCUUCAUGCUGCCCUGCGCUCAGGGCAUGGCCGUGCACGUGUCCACCAUCACCAUGAAUGUGAUCGCCCUGGACCGCCACAGGAGCAUCGUCUACCACAUGGAGACCAAGAUGUCCAAAGAAAUGUGUGCAGUGGUCAUUGUCAUCACGUGGGUCGUCAGCGCUCUGCUGGCCAGCCCGCUCGCCAUCUUCAGGGAGUACGGGACGUUCGAUCUCUCGCCGGACGAGUCCAUUCGUGUGUGUACAGAGAAGUGGCCUGAAAGCAGCAUGAACGGAAGCAUCUACAGCAUAGCGGAGCUUCUGGUUCAGUACGCUUUACCUCUGGCUAUCAUCUCGGUUGCCUACGUCCGCAUCUGGAAUAAGCUGAAGAAGACUUGUGGAGGUCGAAAUGAUCGUCACCAGCGCAGGAAGAGGACCACCAAGAUGCUGCUGACCAUGGUGGUGGUCUUCGCAGUCAGCUGGUUGCCUUUGCAUGCGUUCCAGCUGGCUGUUGACAUCGACAGCUCUAUGCCGUACAUGAAGGACUUUAAGCUACUUUUCACUGUGUUUCAUAUCAUAGCCAUGUGCUCGACUUUUGUCAAUCCCAUCCUGUACGGGUGGAUGAACAACAACUACCGGACGGCCUUCUUGUCCGUGUGCAAGUGCUACCAGCCCUUCAGUUUGAAGUCAAGACGCUUCAAAGGCAGAGGGACACAAAAAGAUGAAGACAGGGUUUACACAGACUGCAAAUCAACACACGUCUGAGCUGCACAGUCGGUCCAUCGAUGAACAUUUGUGUAAACUUGAAGCUUGUAUUUGGCUCAGUGUGGGCCUCUCAAAAUGAUGAUGAUGAUGGUGAAGAUGAUAUAUGAGGUUGGAAGAAAUUAUUUAUUUAUUUCAAGAAGGAGCUGCAAAUUAAAGUGGCUAAAUUUGCUAAACUAACAGUGUGACAAAGGUGGGUCAUACUGGGUCUCAUCCCGAUCAGCACUUGUCAGCUCAAGUGUUUGUGAGCCAAACUGUGGUGGAUAGUCCUGAGACUGUUCCUGUUGAUGUAUUCGGUGAUUCAACUCUAAAAUAUGGCCACAUUUUUGUCAUUUUUAUCUUUUUAGGUUGAUUUGGUUGAUCAUACAAAAGUGUCUCUGAACAUUUUUCUCUUGCUGUCCUGCAGUCAUGUGGUUCAGGUUAGAGAAGGUAAGCUGUGCUGGUAAAAACGCUGAUACACUCGUCUGAGCUUUAUUGAGUUAAUAUUUUGAGCUCAGAGCAACAAACUUAACAAGCAGCAGACAGCGGCUUGUCAGACUUUUUGCCCUGCUUUCCCUCUCAGGCCACAUACAGCACUGGUGAAGGUUGUUGUGGCUGCGCACAGUCUGAAAGUAUACCUGUAGACACUAUGCAGGGAAUAAAUCAUCUAUAUUGUUAUUAAUACAUUUAGCACUGGUCUAAAAAGUUGCCAGAAUUUAACUAAAAAUAAGAUUUGUAGUGAAGAUGCAAACAUAAUGUUAUCUGUCAUUCAUCUAUAAGGGAAUCUUAACAUGAUUUGGUUGCAAUGCAGAGGUUUUUAUAACAUUUAUGGUUUUUGUGUAAAUACGUUGGGAUUUUUUUUUCACUUCAUUCUGUUUGUUCUAAAAAAUUACACCUUUGAGAGGAAAAACAUAGCCGGCCCAAUUUUAAGUUAAAAGUAUCUUAGCAUAAAAAGAAAAAUGCUAGCAUCUGCGCCAUGUUAAGAAGCCAAACUUAUUUUUUUAUUGUUGACAAAUGUCACUAACUGACAGUCAACACAACACGGGUCCACCUUUGCUUCAGUGUUAGUGACUGUGAUUGUGUCACUUCAGCAUAACAGUCCUUUUUAGCGAGCCUGUUUUGUGUUAUCUUUUCAUAACUACUGUGUCAAGCCACCAAGUACUCCCAGUUUCAGUCUGACUCCAGACCACAGCAGCUAAGGACGAUUCAAAAGCAGGGAAUAGGGAAGGUAAAGAUUGUUCCAGGUGUUAGUCAAACCCUCAGGUGUUACAAGGAGAGUUAUGGCUUGCGAAAAACUUUAAAAUUUGAUUUCAAAACAUAUGUAAAUAUAAAUUAAUGGUCUUAAUUUUUUUUGUUGUUGUUGUAAGUGCUUCUGUGUGUCCAAAAUAAGGAAUUAAUGGCCCACAUGGAGGCAACACUGCAGCCUUCUACAGUUAGCUGGAACUUCUUUGCCUGCUGCGAGUUGAACAUGAAACAUUUGGACCCACCAGAUGCAGGAGACAACACUUGACAAAUAGUGUGGACUUAUGGACUUAUUGAUUGGACCCCCCACUCCAAGAUAAAAAACAAAAACAGAAUCACAGCAGGAUGCAAACAGAGCACAUGCCUCAAACCGGACUAAAAUACAAACCAAGAUAACGAGGAAACGAGGUGCAGGUGGAGAGAUGGGUGGAGCAGACUCACAGGUGAGGGAACAAGGGCAGCUGAAGGAACCCAUUCAAUGUAACCCUGAUGUUUCCUGGCUGUGGUGCAGUGGCAUUUUUUAAAUUCAUUUAUUAUGUCAGCAAUUGGACAGACAAAAACAAUCCCCUUUUUUUGCUAUAAUCAAUUACAUGUUUCUUUGUGCUUUCUCUGCUCCCUUAAGAUUCUUUAUCGCCGCCUGACAUGCAGGAACAUUUCCUGAUGAUUACUGUGUGAUUCUGUGUAAUUUAUUCACAGGACUCAGCACACAGCUGCUGUAUUUACAAGAGGUGAUAGAAAGGGAAUCAGUCAGACCAACUUGACCUUGACACAUCAGCGUGGGACAUUAAAAUUGACAAACAUUAAAUUGUCUGUGAAAGCGCAACCAAGAUAUUUGACCUCACUGGGAGCAUCUCCACUUGAGUUGAUUUCUGGAUCUGGUAAUUUUUGAUCAUUUUACAUCUAAUUAUUGCUGCACUGCACGGAGCAAACACAACAAAACUGUCUGCUUAUGGAGGAAGAUUUAA